AUGGGCUGGGAACCCGCGGAGCUUUCCAAGGGCGUGGAGCCUCUCGCAUACCAUUCCCUCCCACCGCCACCCCACUGCCGGGAGGCGGAGAGGGCUUCCAACUUCGCUCCAAUCCGCGGCCGGUCCUCCCCGGGGUCCCCCUGCUGGGCGACCGGCCCGCCGCCGGCCGAGUUGGAGGAACUUCGCCGAGCUCCGCGUCAGCCCCGGAGAGGAGAGCGCUCGCUCCCCUCCCGGGCCAGCCCCCUCUGUGCGCCCCCGCCUCCCGGUCCUCGCCCAGCCGGGAGCGCCGGUGAUAGGACGAGCCCCGGGCGUGCAUUGUGUAUAUGCAAAGCAGAGCCCGGCUCCCCACGUCUGCCCACCCCGGGCCGGCGCUCCGCAGCGGCUGGCGCGGCCGUGGGCGCCCGAACCCCGCGCUGUCAUGUCCCCGCCGCGCGGCCGGCCAUCGCGUCCCCGAGUCGCUAUAUAAGCGCAGGCCAGGGGACACCCGGAGGGGCUGAAGAUGAGGGUGCCCGCGCAUGGGCCCCCGCUAACUGCCAACGCCUCCCGAGCCGGCGCGGCGCGCGGAGCCCGCGGCCGCCAAGGACCCGCCUCGGCCGCAGUAGCAGCUGGAGCUGCGACAGAGGCGGCGGCGGCGCCCGUCGCUCCAGCGCGUAG